ACCGGUGUCGCCUGACCCGAGCCCCUCUCCCCGAGCCCGGCCCGGCCUGGCCCGGUCUGCUACUGUGUCCCUGGCCCUACCCAAAGCUCCAAUCCGACCCGACCCAGCGCUCUAAAAUCCGUCCUGGAGUCCAUCGCCGCUGUACUGUGCCGUGGCUUUAGCGUCAACGCCGACGCCCCCCUUCCCACACACAGCCCCCUCCGCCCGCCGCCGCCACCGCCGCCGUCGCCGUCCCACCUCGUCGCCUCCGCCCCGUUCGCAACCCCCGACAUCUGCUCCUGAGGUGAACUGAGCACCCGACUUUUGUCAAGAUGUCUGAUAGUCAUGAAACCGACAAGAAUAUUGAGAUGUGGAAGAUCAAGAAGCUGAUCAAGGGACUCGAGUCUGCUAGAGGCAAUGGCACAAGCAUGAUCUCUCUGAUUAUGCCUCCACGUGAUCAAGUCUCGCGUGUGACAAAGAUGUUGGGUGAUGAAUAUGGUACUGCUUCAAACAUAAAGAGUAGAGUCAAUCGUCAAUCUGUUUUGGGAGCCAUCACCUCAGCUCAGCAGAGGCUGAAGCUGUAUAACAGGGUUCCCCCAAAUGGACUAGUUCUUUACACUGGAACAAUUGUUACUGACGAUGGCAAGGAAAAGAAGGUCACAAUUGAUUUUGAGCCAUUCAAGCCCAUCAAUGCGUCCUUGUACCUUUGUGACAACAAAUUCCACACUGAAGCCUUGAGUGAGCUCUUGGAAUCCGAUGACAAGUUUGGCUUCAUCAUUAUGGAUGGUAAUGGAACACUUUUUGGCACACUUAGUGGCAAUACUCGUGAAGUGCUUCACAAAUUCAGUGUGGAUCUCCCCAAGAAGCAUGGAAGAGGAGGGCAAUCUGCUCUGCGUUUUGCUCGCCUUCGGAUGGAGAAGCGUCACAAUUAUGUUCGGAAAACAGCUGAACUUGCUACUCAGUUCUUCAUCAACCCAGCUACCAGCCAGCCUAAUGUUGCGGGACUAAUAUUGGCUGGUUCUGCUGAUUUUAAAACAGAACUGAGCCAAUCUGACAUGUUUGAUCAGCGCCUUCAGUGCAAAAUACUUAAUGUGGUUGAUGUUUCUUAUGGUGGCGAGAGCGGUUUCAACCAGGCCAUUGAGUUAUCAGCUGAAAUUCUAGCAAAUGUGAAGUUCAUACAAGAGAAGAAGUUGAUCGGGAAGUACUUUGAAGAGAUUAGUCAGGAUACUGGGAAGUAUGUCUUUGGAGUUGAUGACACCCUGAAGGCUCUUGAAAUGGGUGCUGUUGAAACUUUGAUGGUGUGGGAAAACCUUGAUGUCAAUCGGUUUGUGCUUAAGCACAGUGCAACUGGGGAAAUUAUCAUAAAGCAUCUGAACAAAGAAGGUGAAGCCGACCAGAGCAACUUCCGUGAUCCAUCUACCAAUGCUGAGUUAGAAGUCCAGGAGAAGACCUCACUUUUGGAAUGGUUUGCUAAUGAAUACAAAAAGUUUGGCUGCACCCUUGAAUUUGUUACCAAUAAGUCUCAAGAGGGCUCACAGUUCUGUAGAGGAUUUGGUGGCAUUGGCGGUAUCCUCCGCUAUCAGCUGGACAUUCGCUCCUUUGAUGAUCUUGAUGACGACGAGAGUGUCUAUGAAGACUCUGAUUAGCAACCAAUCAAUCACAUGCCUGAGGCAGUCGCGGUUAAAUCUGAAUUUGGCGCGACUAUUUGCUCCGGGGCACCUCAAAGAAGCUAUCCAUUGAAUGAUGGGUGCGGGUCAGCUACAUAUUAUGCUUUAGAAGUCUGAGACGAUACAACCGCAAUUCCUCUAUCAAACGACGUCGAGAUGUUAUCCUAAAUCGCAAUGAUGACUCGUGUACUGAACCUUGUUUUUUCCCCAGGAACUCCUGCGUCGCUGUUGUCUGAACUGACUCUGUGUCUAUGGUUCAAUUUAGCAACUUGUCUGCCCUAAUGGUAGAACAUGGCAAAUGUCUGCCUGAAUUUGAGUUGUUGUAAGCUACCUAUUGUUGUUGUCAUGCGGGAAAGGUUGAAUUGGGAUUCAUUCAAGUGUGUUUUUUAA